CCCAUUUCGAAGACAGUGAUCUGUUCAGAGCCAUUUAUAACAUGCCACUUUCGGUGUGGUAAUGUAACAGAACCUCAACGGUAACGAAGGUGGUUUUGCCCAUAGGUACCGGUCUUCGCAACCUUUGUUUGGCGAACUCAUGUACCUCUUCGAUUUAGCCCAGUAUUUUCACCGCAACCAAAACAACUGAAGCCCACUUGUCCGAAUCCGCUGACUUGAUAACCAUCUCGUAUGCUAAGAUCAAGCAAAGGUUCGCCAAUGAGUUGCCCACUAUCCAAAGAGCAUGUGAAAAGAACAGGUUCUUGGACCUGGACCUCCAGAGUGCGAACCUAAAGCCCAUUACGGUCACCCAGGAGGUACCCUCGGUAAACAAGGCCGUGAACAGCGUCUGACAGCUGGACGGAGAGGAGAUGAUGAAACAUGAUGUUGAUACGACCAGAUCCUAGAAGCUCAGCGAACAAACAACCUCUCCCCCUGCUACCUAUCUUGCAAGCUGAAACCACACUCCUAGCCAGCGUCAUGGACCAGCUUCACGAGACUGUUCUAGGCCUCCUGGAUGCCCUGAGCCAAAUCAGUCACGAUGCAUGGCUCAACAUCAGCACAUCACUUGCGCGAAAGCACCGCCUCGCAGACUUGCCAACCCCAUGCAUUGUCGUUCGGCGAUACCCCUCCUUCUCAGCCGAAGACUCCAACGCAGGCCUCGGCCCCCAUACCGACGUCGGCACUCUCGCUUUUCUUCUGUGACGCCCGCGGCCUGCAGACAUUCGUCCAGGACACGCAGGAGUGGCGCUCCGUAGAACCGUGCAAUGGCUGCGCGGUCGUCAACGUAGGCAACUCGCUCCGCUUCCUCUCGGGGAGGAAAUUCCGGUCUGUAGUGCACCGCGUCGCUCCGUACCCGGGGGAGACAACUGAGAAUAGGUUUUCGUGCGCGUACUUUGUGGGGCUGAGAAUGGAUGUUGAGUUUGAAGACGAGAAGGGCGAGCAGUGGAAGAGCAUUGACUGGCAUAUGAGGAAGUAUAAGAGUUACCGCGAGGCGGGUAAGGCGGCUUAAACACGAGGUAUGCGACGCAGAACGAGUUGGAACUAGCCAUGGGUCGUUGCAUACUGGCAGGAACCACGGCGUAUGGACUCAUUUGCAUAUGUACACGUAGCUAUCACCAGGUCUUUCCAGCUAGAAUAAAAUUCUUCAUAAUAUCACGAGAUCG